AUGUUUUCCAGGAAAAAGAAGGACAAGCAGGAGGAAGAGCCUGCCGAUCAUGAUGCUGAUCAUUCUGAUCAUGAACCUGCGGACGAAGCUCCAAGCUCCAGCAGAAAUCAGAAACCAGCGGAAACCAUUGGGCACAAGGUAUCCAAGUUCAUGUACAAAUUGAGAGGAGAGGGUGGUGCUCUAGGAAAAUUCCGAAAAAAGAAGGAAACUGAAAUCAAGGCAGUCGAAAAGAAAAUUGAAAAGCGAAAGUGGGACUUUGGAGAGGAAUACUUGGCACUGGCGGAUAAAGGUGCCUCCAAAAGUGAAAUGGAAGAGUGCUUGAAAAAGGCCCAGGGUGAGAUUAAGGAUAUGAAAGGCGAAGUUGAAAAGAAGAAGGAGGAGAUUGUAGAGAAAGAGAAACAAGUAGAAGCUGAAAAAGCUGAAAAGGAGGCUGCAAAGGAAGCGGCAAAAGCUGAAAAGGAAGCUGCUGCGAAGGCAGCGGCAGGGGAUGCAGCUAAUGGCGAUGGUGGAAACGACGAUUCUCAGGAUGCUGGUGGUGGUAUUAGGGGUACGAAGAAAAAGAAGAAAAAAAAGAAGGGAGGAGACGACGAUGAGAGUGGCGACGAGAUUGAGGAAUCUGAAAAGCCAGCAUCCGCCGGAAACGUUGUUUUAGAUGACGAUGAACCAGAGUCUCCCACCAAGAAGAAAAAGAAGAAAAAGAAAAAGAAGACUCCUUCUGUUGCAGGCGGUGGAGCUGUGGCUGGUGCAGCAGCAGCUGCUUCGAUUCCCGGUCCCAGCGGCAACCAAAAGAGAAUCUCUCGUCCAAGCUACAUACCACCCGGGUGGACGAACAAAUUUGCCGAACAGACCCGAACCGACGAACCAGACCCCGCUCGAUGGAAAUGCGAGGAACUUCGCUUCAAUGGAAAGACCAAGUACAAAGACAUCGGUAUCCAACAGAAUUGGGAAGGUUCCAUUAAAGACUCGACAAAGAAGUUCAAGAAGGCUCCUGAAAAGUAUGUUUCCAUGAUGUAUCAAGCUGAUAUGGUCGAGUGGGACGAGGACGAACAAGAAUGUACCGUCGUGUAUCGUGAGGGUACUGUCAAUUGGAAACCCGACGGCGUUUCCGAUAAAGGAUGGAUGGCGGUUCUUGUCCAGAGUUAUGAACGAUGCAAACCAUUCCCCAAGGACGAAUUUCCCAUGGGUCAUCGGGACAAGUACACCGAUGACAUGACCUUCAAAGGCAAAAAGAUUCAUUCCAAGUCGCUCAAGCCAGUGAUGCCUGGACGUGGUAUGGGAGUCGGUGAUGCACCAAAUCUGAAGGUGAUUGGAGAUAUCGAUCCAUCUGACAUUUUCCAAGGAUCUGUAGGAGAUUGUUGGUUGCUGUCUGGAAUUUCAGCUCUUGCUGAAUUCGAUGGUGCUAUCAAGAAGCUCUUCCGAAAGACCACGAAUGUUUUGAAUAUGCCAACAGAUCAGCCAAAUCUCUAUACCAUCACUCUUUGGGACCUCAAGACUUUCAAGGAGGUAGAUAUCGUUAUUGAUGAAAGACUGUGUGCCCAUCCGGAUGGACAACAACAACUAUUGGGGUCUAAGCCUUCAGAAGAUGGUGAGAUGUGGGCACCUUACCUUGAAAAGGCUAUCGCAUGUCACGCUGGUGGCUGGGACAAGAUUGUCGGUGGUCAAUGUACACAUGCCUGGUCCCUGUUGACUGGAUGCAAGGAGCAGUACACGAUUACCAAGAGCGGAGGUACCGACAAAUACAUUUGCUGUGGUAGAUUCAAUGAAAUCGAGAACAGAUGGGCCGUACACGGUAACUCGCCACACGACGGCGAACCGGGUGUGUGGCCGAUGGCUUGGCCCGAAGAAGGCGGUGGAGGUGAUGGAGAAAUUGGAAAAGACGAACUUUUCUUGAAGUUGGUUGCAUUUGACAAAGCAAAUUUCAUCGUUGGAGCUGGUACCGCGGGUGAUUCGGACGCCGAUAGCACUGGUGGAAUGGUGGAUAACCAUGCCUACACGGUUAUUGCGAGCAUUGCCGAUGUCUGUGGAACUGGAAUUGAUCUUUUGAAGGUUAGAAACCCAUGGGGUAAAGGAGAAAUUGAAGAUGGCGAAUUCGAUGACGAUGGCCCGGGAUGGGACAAGUACCCACAGAUCAAGGAAAAGUUGAAUCCUGUCGUUGCCGAUGACGGUAUCUUCUGGGUGACAAAGGACGAGUUCUUUGACUUUUUCGAAACCAUUUAUGUUUCUGCUUCGGACAUGUCCAAAUUCUUGGAAGAUACCGAUCACCAGUACGAUUAG